AUGAAACAUCCAACGGCGGGGGGAACCGUUGGAUGUGCCGAUACGACCACGACACAUCGUCAUGGCCCUAUCGCGUGGAUCGGGACGGUGGAUCACAGCGGAGGAAUGGACAGUAUUGUGAAUUCGCCGACGAGUCGUGUGAGCUUUGAAGAACUUCUGAGCGAUCAUCAAAACAAUCUGACAGUAUUCAAUUCUUAUUUGAAUACGAUGUUUGUGAGAUAUGAACGAAAGCAGGACCGUCACUCAGCAAGCUUCAAGAUGGUGAUUGAACUUGUUGUGAUGAUCGAGGACACCAUAGGCGGAAAGGUUGAGCGCUACAGGUGGAAGGACGGUAUUUCACUGACCUGA